UAAAAGAAAAAAAAAAAGAAAAAAAAAAGGGGAAGGUAGAAACUGGUCUUGUUUCUUCUUCUUCUUCAUCGCGAAAUCCCUCCCUGUCCCUUCGUUAAAUCCAAUUUAGCUUAUCCACAGAAAUGUUUCAAUAAGAUGAAGCAGUGCGAUCAUCUUGCCAUCGCUUCUUCCUCUCUAUCUUUCAAUGCUUCUUCUGAAUCCGACCCCGAAGAUUCCUUCUGGCGUGAUUUCUCAUUCGAUUUCUCCUUUUUGACAUCCGACGACCCCAAGACCGGCGGCGAUGAUAUCGAUUCCAACUCUUCUGUUCCUAAAGAAUCAGAGCUAUACGGUUUAGCUAUCGUUGAUUCAAAUGUUAAGGAACCUUCUCCACCACUACCAUCCCUUCUUGGAGUCACCACUACAACUAAGGGGAAAGAAGCUUGUUUGAGGAAUGAAGUCCCUUUUAGUCCUCUCUUCGCCAAAAUGUCGGCUUUGCGGAUUAAAGAAUGUUCCAACGGUGACGACACUGAGGAGGUGGAUUCUCCUUGCUGGAAAGGAGCACGGUCUCCUUUGAAUUUAAGGCGAGGGUCUAGGGAUGAUCUGAAUGUUCUUUAUGGAUUGAACCCUAUGGCACCUCACUUUAUACCCUCUUCGAAUGGUAAAGAGUUUGGAGAAAAUGGGACUCCGUCUUUGAAAAGGUCUCUUUCAUCAACCUUUCCACCUUCAUCUGGAGAGUUCAGCAUAAGCAAUCUUUAUGAACAAGGUUCCGACCAAAUUAACCAUGACCCAGAUGAAAGUUUGGGUUUAGUAGUACGUCAAGAAGAUAGUAGCAAUCAGUUCCAAAGAAGUACAAAGCUGGAUCCUUUGGCCCCUGUUUUUGUUCCUGCUUAUGCCGUUGUCCAUGACAAGUCUGUUGUAGCUGAUCACAUGAUGAUGUCCACUGAGAGAAAUGCUCACUCUGCUUAUGCUUCUUCAGAGGUCGGCCACAUUGGUAGUGUGAAUCAUCACUCUGGUAAAAUAUACUCAUCCACUCGGCUUGGGUCUCAAGUUCAGAAGAAGAAGCUGAAUCCACUAGCCCCACAGUUCUCGUUAGCAGAUACUAAACCAAAAGUAUAUGCCUCUGUGGGAAACCAAGCUGCAAAUGAUAAUGUGAAUAGUUCUGUUUUGUUCUCUCCAGUUAGCUACAAAGAGAUACAUGCAGGCUUAACACACCCCUCAGUGCCCGUGGAGCCAUCUUAUCAGGAAGUUGAUACAAAGCAGAUGGGUCGUCACCGUUAUGGAAAUCCUUCUCCACAGAUGGAUGUUAAAAAGCUGCUCACAACCAUACAUGGAUUGUCAGAGUUGCUAACACAUGCACAUGGUUCAGGUUCACCAAAUGAGCAAGAUCUUGCUCUCAUCAACUCUACUGUACAGAAUCUCAACUCGUACAUCAGUAACAGAGUGCAUGAGCAUUCCGGGAAAUAUGAUGGUUUCACUUCGUUGCCGAAUGUGUGCAAGCAAUCGAUUAGAGAACAUCAGAUACCAAAGGCGAGAAAUCUGAGUUCCGCAGUUGAGUUUAGAAGGAAAGAGAAGUAUCCCAUGGUCAAAGGGGAAGCAGGAGCAGAGCCUCAAGUUGAAUACGUUGUAGCCAAAGAAAAUGGCUUUGGCCAGGUUGUAAGGAAUCAUGAAACAGAAGCGCAAUUCAACCCACAGGCGCUCUUCUAUAAAAGUCUAUGGCUCAAGGCUAGAGCAGACAGGUCGUUGAUGGAAUAUGAAACAUUUCUCUCCAAUUCAAGAACUUGAGCAAUUUAGUGGGAGGCUGUUGAGUUGUGAGACUAUAUAUAUACAUAUAAGGUUAGAGUGUAGAGAUUAAAACGGCUAAAUCUCAGGUCUGGUGAUUGAAACCCAACUAGGUUAUGUUACUGGGCUGAAGAAAUUUUGCUAGGAAGAGUGUUUUAAGAACUCGAGUAUGCUUUUAUAAUGUUGUUGAAUCUCUCUCUAUACACAUCAUCCUUCUGAUCAAUUUUGUCAUGCCCUUGACAGUUUUGUCACAAAACAGAUGCUCAACCUUUUUGGUUGCUAUUUGAUCAUUAUAUAUUUAUAUCGUGAAAACAUAA